CACGUGAUCGCCGGACGCAUCGCGGAAGGACCCUUGAAGCCAGAGGCAGGCGGCGGUUUGCGGCGCCGCCUGAGAGCAGGAAGAACCGGAGUGGCAAGUCGUCAGUUGAACCAUUCUACAAUCCGUUGAACAACGUCUGCUUUGAUCUGUCGUUUUCACACCUUACCCGUCCAUAACUCUAGUCUCCCUCUCCCCCGACUCUCAGUCUAUAGAAGGUUCUCGACCCGAAUCGUCACCCAUUCCUUCUUUCCAGAGAUGCUUCCUGACCCGUUGAGUUAUUCCAGCAUUUUGUAACUAUCUUCGGUAUAAACCAACAUCUGCAUUUCCUUCCUACACAAACGGCGAUGAAUCCUGAAAAUCCGCAUUACAUUUUGGGAAGGAUCAGAUUUCUCAUUGAAUGCAUUGAUUGCUUCAGGAACAGCAAACCUUUGCCAGAAGCUCUGUGUUACGUCCCCAGAGAAGUCUUGUACAAAUUUUGGAAAGAUUCCACCAUUUCCAGUACAUCACUUGGGAGAUCCCAGUACUUUGUUACAGUCUGGCAGUUAGCCUCCCAGUCUCAACGCAAAAAACUCUUUGAUAUUGAGUUAAAGAGAGGAACAUGCAUCAAAGCCACAGGCGAGGAAUACUGCAACAGCCAUGGUCUCUGGGUGAAGCUGGAUCAGGAGCAAAUACAAGAGUACAACAGCAGUUGUCAGAGUAAAGAAGGAUGGAUUCUUCUAUGUAAGCAGCCUGAAGGUGGUGAGCGGCUUGUGCCAGUAGAAACUCCUGAAAGGCUUCAGAAACAGCAGCAGCUUUUUGGCUAUGACUACAGACCAUGUACCAGAUGGGAGCAAGUGGUUGAUGCGCAAUAUUCUUUACAUCUGGGUGCAAAACCCAAGGUAGCUGCCAGGGAUGAUGCUGCAGUGCACAAACUACGGUCUGUCCCUCCCACCUGGACAUUCGAGUGCGAUGAAGACUUAGUACAUUACUUCUACGACCGUAUAGGGAAGGAGGAUGAAAACUUAGGCAGUGUCAAGCAUCUAGUUGACAGCAUAGAUGCUUCUUCUUUCUCGGAUGAAGCAAAUGUUUGGUGUUUAACUGAUGGAGACAAUGACACAUUCUGGGAGAGUGAGGGGAGUCAGGGCCAUCACUGGAUUCGAUUGCACAUGAAGAAAGGCAUCAUUAUCAAGUAUGAAAAUUUAAGUAUUAAUAGUCAACUUGACAACUACUAGCAAAGAAAAAUUCACACCUAUGGUGGUGAACGUGAUAAUUUAAAGAAGUUAAAUGAUAUCGCUGUUGAUGAAACUUUAGUUGGUGACCUGUGUGUUCUUGAGGACAUGAUGGUACAUCUUCCUUUAAUUGAAGUUCGCAUUCCAGAAUGUGUAGAUGGAGGGAUAGAUGUCCGACUACAUGGCCUCAAGAUCAGAUCUUCAAGGGAGAGAGACUUGGGAUUAAACAUUGAUAUGUUUCAAUCAGCAAACCUGGUUCGUUAUCCACGUCUCGAGGGGCAUGACCCUGACAUGUUAUAUAGAAGAGCAGUGGUUAUCCACAGAUUCCUUAAACUCCUGGACAGCCUUAUUCACCAUCUGGUGCCGGCCUGGGACCACACUGUGGGAUCAUUUGGUCAUUUGAAGCACAUCAAGCCGUUCCUCCUGCUUUCAAAACGGCGCACUGCUCUUAUUGCACAGUGCCUCAAGGAUUCAGAAACGAACAAACCCAACAACAUGCCAAAACUCUACAUAAAUCGACGGGUAGCCAUGGAGCAUCGCAACAACCCUUCCCUUGAUCCCUCUUGUAAAAAUGCUGUGUUCUCACAGAUGUUUGAGGGGCUGAAGCCUUCGGACAAGUGCGAUAAACCUUUAGAUUACAGGUGGCCAGCACGAUACGACCAAUGGUGGGAAUGUAAAUUUAUCUCUGAAGGAAUCAUUGACCAAGGUGGUGGAUUUCGAGACAGUCUCUCUGAUAUCUCUGAAGAGCUUUGCCCAAGUUCUGGAGACAGUCUUGUACCUUUGCCCUUUUUUGUAAGAACAUCAAAUCAGGGCAACAGAACUGGAGAAGCAAGAGAUGUAUAUGUUCCUAACCCGUCCUGCAAAGAAUUUGGGAAGUAUGAAUGGAUAGGCCAGCUGAUGGGGGCAGCACUAAGAGGCCGAGAGCUUUUGGUGCUGGCUCUUCCUGGAAUUGUAUGGAAACAACUAGCAGGAGAAGAGGUGAAAUGGUCCAAGGAUUUUCCUGCAGUGGACUCUGUCUUGGUAAAAUUAUUGGAAGCCAUGGAAACAAUGGACAAGGAGACAUUCGAAUAUAAGUUUGGAAACGAAUUAACUUAUACCACUGUACUGAGUGACCAGUCUGUAGUGGAUCUGAAGCCUGACGGCAGUAACACAGUUGUUCAAUAUGAGAAUCGGAUGGAAUUAAUUCAACUGGUUCAGAAAGCAAGACUGGAAGAGAACAAAGAUCAGAUUCAGUCAAUGAGGGUUGGCCUGUUGAAGGUGGUUCCCCAAGCUGUUCUUGACCUGCUGCCCUGGCAGGAACUGGAGAAGAAAGUCUGUGGUGACCCUGAAAUCACAGUGGAAGCUCUGAAACGUUUAACUCGCUUUGACGAUCUGGAGCAGUCUGAUACCAGAGUCAAAUAUCUUUGGGAAGCACUCACAAAUUUUACCAAUGAGGAUCGUAGUCGGUUCCUGAGGUUUGUUACAGGCAGGAGCCGGCUGCCAGCCCCUAUUUUCGUCUACCCAGACAAGUCCGGAUCAGAGAAAACAGAUGCACUCCCAGAAUCCUCCACAUGUUCCGGUGCACUUUUUCUACCAAAUUAUUCCAGUGCAAAGCAAUGUGAGGAGAAGUUACGAUAUGCCGCCUAUAACUGCGUCGCUAUAGACACUGAUAUGGUGCCAUGGGAAGAGUGACAUUAGAUAUUUGCUGCUUUGAAUAGUACUUUGUGGUUAGUGAAAGCAUCUUUGAGUUGCCUUAAAGUUUUGUCUUUAUAAAUGCUAAUUCCUUGAGAUGUAAAGAUUAAGCAUUUUAUUUUUGCCUUUCUUAACCCAUGCUUGAAUUUUCACUUUAACCAAUUAGAGACAAAUAUGUUUUCGCAUAUGAAUCAGAAAAUGACCAAUAAAGCUCUCCCAUGCUGCAGUGGUUUUUAUUCAGAGUGAUGUGUUUGCAGUUUGUCUUGCAAGAUCACCACAGGUUUGGGUGGAGAGAAGAUUCUGAGGAUGGAUGCAGGGCAAUCUGCUGCAGGAUGGGGAAAAAUCAAACACAGUGUGCAAUCUGUCUGAAGAAGAAUCCAACCCAAAGCGUUGACUGUCCAUUCCCUCCAUAGAUGCAGCAUGAUCUACUGAUUUCUUCCAGCACUUUUUUUUGCUCAAGAUUCCUGCAUCUUCAAUUUCUUGUCUCAUUAUUGUCUUAGCUAAAGAAAGUACUUCUAUACACAGUGUUUUGUAGCCAAUGAAUUGCAUUUAAAGUGUACCACUGUUAUUCUAUGUGUAUAUUUGGCAAUCAGGUUAUGGACAUGGUCCCACAGCAACACAAGUUAAAUAAACACAAAAUCUACUCUU